AUGGGAGUGCAAGAAUCAGUCGUUGAGUACAUUGGAAGGAUCCAAGUAGUGGUGAGCGCCAUGAGAGCCUGUGACAAGGUCGUGAAAGAUAAGAAAAUUGUGGAGAAAAUACUCAGAACGUUAACCCCGGAGUAUGACCAUAUAGUUGUGGCCAUAGAAGAAUGUAAAGAUCUUGAGAAUAUGAGAGUCGAGGAAUUACAGAAUUCUCUGAAGGCGCAUGAGCAGAGGUUGGUUGAAAGGAGAAAUGCCGAAAAGGUGCUUGUUCAAGGCACAAAUCAAGCCUUGCAAGCCAGAAAUAAUCAAAGCUACAAGGGUCGUGGAGCUGGAAGAGCUAGAGGCCGAUCACAAGGGGGAUGA